GUGGAAUGAGCGUUGCGUGUGUUUUGAAGAGAAAAGCAGUACUCUGGCAGGACUCGUUCAGCCCCCACCUGAAGCAGCACGCUCAAGAUACAGCUAAUCCCACCAUGCCUGUUGUAUUGACAUCUGGAACAGGGUCCCAGGCUCAGCCACAGCCAGCUGCAAACCAGGCACUUGCAGCAGGGACACACUCCAGUCCUGUUCCUGGAUCCAUAGGAGUUGCAGGCCGCUCCCAGGACGACGCUAUGGUGGAUUACUUCUUCCAGAGGCAGCAUGGUGAGCAGCUUGGGGGAGGAGGAAGUGGUGGAGGCGGCUAUAAUAACAGCAAACAUCGCUGGCCUACUGGGGAUAACAUUCAUGCAGAACAUCAGGUGCGUUCCAUGGAUGAGCUGAAUCAUGAUUUUCAAGCGCUUGCUCUGGAAGGACGGGCUAUGGGAGAGCAGCUGUUGCCGGGUAAAAAGUUUUGGGAAUCUGAUGAUUCCAGCAAAGAUGGACCAAAAGGGAUAUUUCUGGGAGAUCAGUGGAGAGACAGUGCUUGGGGAACAUCAGAUCACUCUGUUUCCCAACCAAUUAUGGUUCAGAGAAGACCUGGUCAGGGGUUUCAUGUGAAUAGUGAAGUCAACUCAGUGCUUUCACCACGGUCAGAGAGUGGAGGACUUGGAGUUAGCAUGGUGGAGUAUGUGUUGAGCUCAUCUCCUGGAGAUUCCUGCCUAAGGAAAGGAGGAUUUGGGCCAAGGGAUGCAGAGAAUGAUGAGAAUGACAAAGGGGACAAGAAAAAUAAGGGCACAUUUGAUGGCGAUAAAUUAGGAGAUCUGAAGGAGGAGGGGGAUGUGAUGGAUAAAACAAAUGGUUUGCCGGUGCAGAACGGAAUCGACGCAGAUGUCAAAGACUUCAGCCGUACACCUGGGAACUGCCAGAACUCUGCUAGUGAAGUCGAUCUCCUGGGUCCAAACCAGAAUGGAUCAGAGGGCUUAGCCCAACUGGCCAGUACUAAUGGUGCCAAGCCAGUGGAGGAUUUCUCCAACAUUGAGUCCCAGAGUGUCCCGCUGGAUCCCAUGGAGCACGUUGGCAUGGAGCCUCUUCAGUUUGAUUAUUCUGGCACUCAAGUACCUGUGGACUCGGCCGCAGCCACCGUGGGGCUCUUCGAUUACAAUUCCCAACAGCAGUUGUUCCAAAGACCCAAUGCACUUGCUGUUCAGCAGCUCACAGCAGCACAGCAGCAGCAGUACGCCUUGGCAGCUGCCCACCAGCCUCACAUAGCAGGUUUAGCUCCUGCUGCCUUUGUCCCCAACCCGUACAUCAUCAGUGCCGCUCCGCCGGGAACAGACCCGUACGCAGCCGGACUGGCGGCAGCUGCGACGUUAGGCCCAGCAGUGGUUCCUCACCAGUACUAUGGAGUUACACCCUGGGGAGUUUACCCUGCCAGUCUCUUCCAGCAGCAAGCUGCCGCGGCCGCCGCCGCCACCAACUCAGCAAAUCAGCAAACCACGCAGCAAACCCAGCAGGGCCAGCAGCAGGUUCUCCGUGGAGGAGCCAGUCAGCGUCCUUUGACCCCAAAUCAGAACCAGCAGGGACAGCAGACUGACCCACUGGUGGCUGCUGCAGCCGUCAAUUCUGCCCUGGCCUUUGGACAAGGGCUGGCAGCAGGGAUGCCAGGGUACCCAGUACUGGCUCCUGCUGCUUACUAUGACCAAACGGGUGCUCUUGUGGUGAAUGCAGGGGCCAGGAAUGGCCUGGGGGCCCCUGUCCGCCUGGUGGCCCCUGCUCCGGUCAUCAUCAGCUCCUCUGCUGCUCAGGCAGCGGUUGCAGCGGCUGCAGCUUCGGCCAACGGAGCCGCGGGCGGCCUGGCAGGAACCACAAACGGACCAUUUCGCCCUCUAGGAACUCAGCAGCCCCAACCCCAGCCCCAGCAGCAGCCCACCAACAACCUGGCAUCCAGCUCGUUUUAUGGCAACAACUCUCUCAGCAGCAAUUCCCAGAGCAGCUCCCUCUUUUCUCAGGGCUCUGCCCAGCCUGCCAACACUUCCCUGGGAUUCGGAAGCAGCAGCUCUCUUGGUGCCACACUGGGGUCUGCACUGGGAGGAUUUGGGACAGCAGUUGCUAACUCCAACACGGGCAGCGGCUCCCGCCGAGACUCCCUUACGGGGAGCAGUGACCUGUACAAGAGGACAUCCAGCAGUUUGACACCUAUAGGACACAGUUUUUAUAAUGGCCUUGGGUUUUCCUCCUCUCCUGGACCUGUGGGAAUGCCUCUGCCCAGCCAAGGACCUGGCCACUCUCAGACUCCACCACCUUCCUUAUCUUCACAUGGAUCAUCCUCGAGUUUAAACCUGGGAGGUCUCACCAACGGGAGCGGCCGGUACAUCUCAGCAGCUCCCGGGGCUGAGGCCAAGUACCGCAGCGCCAGCAGCGCCUCCAGCCUCUUCAGCCCCAGCAGCACCCUGUUCCCUUCCUCCCGCCUGCGCUACGGCAUGUCCGACGUGAUGCCCUCGGGCCGCAGCCGCCUGCUGGAGGAUUUCCGCAACAACCGCUACCCCAACCUGCAGCUGCGGGAGAUCGCCGGCCACAUCAUGGAGUUCUCCCAGGAUCAGCACGGAUCCAGGUUUAUCCAGCUGAAACUGGAGCGUGCUACCCCAGCAGAACGUCAGCUCGUGUUCAAUGAGAUCCUCCAGGCAGCUUAUCAGUUGAUGGUUGAUGUUUUUGGAAAUUAUGUCAUCCAGAAGUUCUUUGAAUUUGGCAGCCUGGAACAGAAGUUAGCCUUGGCAGAACGUAUCCGUGGGCACGUUCUGUCCCUGGCUCUGCAGAUGUAUGGCUGUAGGGUGAUCCAGAAGGCCCUGGAGUUUAUUCCCCCAGACCAGCAGGUAAUUAACGAGAUGGUACGGGAGCUGGAUGGCCACGUCCUCAAGUGUGUGAAAGACCAGAAUGGGAACCACGUGGUGCAGAAGUGUAUUGAGUGUGUGCAGCCUCAGUCCCUGCAGUUCAUCAUUGAUGCAUUUAAGGGACAGGUUUUUGCAUUGUCUACACAUCCCUAUGGCUGUCGUGUGAUCCAGAGGAUCCUUGAGCACUGUCUUCCUGAGCAGACCCUUCCCAUCUUGGAGGAACUUCACCAACACACCGAGCAGCUCGUUCAGGAUCAGUAUGGGAACUAUGUUAUCCAGCAUGUACUAGAACAUGGUCGGCCUGAGGAUAAGAGCAAGAUUGUAGCAGAAAUUAGAGGCAACGUGCUCGUGUUGAGUCAACAUAAAUUUGCUAGCAACGUGGUGGAGAAGUGCGUGACCCACGCCUCGCGCACGGAGCGCGCCAUGCUGAUCGACGAGGUGUGCACUAUGAACGAUGGCCCUCACAGUGCCUUAUACACCAUGAUGAAGGAUCAGUACGCCAACUACGUGGUGCAGAAGAUGAUCGACGUGGCAGAGCCAGCUCAGAGGAAGAUUGUCAUGCACAAGAUCCGGCCCCACAUCGCAACCCUGCGCAAAUACACCUACGGGAAACACAUCUUGGCCAAGCUGGAGAAGUACUACAUGAAGAAUGGGGUGGACCUGGGACCCAUCUGUGGGCCACCAAAUGGUAUCAUUUGAGGCAGCAAACGAGGCAGGAGCUCCCUGGCCAUCCAGCAUCUGCAACCAGCAACCCACAAUAUUCCAAUAUACAGUUAGAAAACGUUUUUUUUGGGGUUGCUAAACUGCUAAAAACAAACAAAAAAGAAAGAAAGAAAGAAAAAAAAAAAAAGCCUUUGUAAAUUUCUUUAACAUUAUUAUGCAUAACAUGUACUAAUUAUUUUUUUUAAUUAACUAAUUGCCCUGCUGUUUUACUGGUGUAUAGAAUACUUGUACAUAGGUAUCAAAUGUACAUGGAAAGGCCACAUUUUUUUGUUCACUGUUGUAUCUAUAUUCCAAAUGUGGAGACUUUCAGGGUGGUUGGUUUGAAGAAAACAAACAAAAAAAAACAAACCUGCAUUUUUAAUUCAUCUGCCUCGCAGGCAACU